AUGGGAGUGAGAUCGUUUUUGGACUGUAAGAACAUGAAACUAGGGGACAAACUCAGUCCUAAUAUCGACAAAGCCAUUUUUGAUUGUAAGGUUGGUGUUGUUGUCUUCUCUCCUAAUUAUUGCGACUCUUAUUAUUGUCUCCAUGAACUCGCUCUUCUCAUGGAGACAAAAAAAAGAGCCGUGCCAAUCCUUUUCGACGUAGAAUUGUCGCAACUUAUGGUCAAGGACGACGGAACACGCUCUCAGGAACAACUUCUAAGGUACAAUUUAGCACUCCAAGAAGCCAAAGAUACCGUGGCGUUACCCUUUGAUUCUUUAAAUGGGGAUUGGUCGGAACUGCUAAGGAAAGCUGCGGAUGCAGUGAUCAUGAACUUGAUGGAGGCAGACCAUGAGUAA